AAACGCCCUGCCCUGUCCGCCAGUGCCCUCAGGGACUCCGGGACUGGAAGGAAAUGGCUGAAACCUGGAGCUGAAAGGGCGUGGUUCCUCCCAUCUCUGCCCCAGGGGACGGCUUGGCCCUCCCCACAGCCUGCUAAGGUAGAAGAGAGACUGGGCUUGGGUCGGAGGAGAGAAGUCUAGGGAAGAACAAGGGAGGGGACACUGAGAGGAGGUGCGGAGGCUGAGGGCCCACCUGGCUGGGAUACCCAGCUAGAGACUCGCCCCAAUUCCGGACCUGAGCGGCCCGACCCUGCGGCGCCACUCCCCACCCCGAGCGGACUUCGGAACUGGCCUGGGACCCACGGGCGCCGAAACCCGGGAGGACGCGAGCCCGGCGGGUCUGUGCCCUGCGAGGAUGCGCGCUCUGCCUGCCCAAGACGCGUCUGCCGGCGAGCAGCCGCCUCCCCCGGACUCCGAGGCCUUGCGGGAUCCACACGCGGUGCGGCCGGCGCGCAGGAGCGCGGUGGAGAGGCUCGCUGCGGACCGCGCCAAGUACGUUCGAGGCCUGCCGGGGGCCCAUCUGGACCCCGCUUCUGAAGGCCGCAGCCCUGGGACGCCCGCGGGGCAGCGCUGUGACCCGGCUGCUGCGGCCCGCGUCCCCGCGCCGGUGGCGCGCAGGGUGAUCGCGCGGAAGUCUCUGAGGCCUGACUCACUGGUCAUCUACCGGCAGAAAUGCGAGUUCGUCCGAGGGCCGGGUACCGACGGCCCCAGGGGAGGCCUGGUGAAGAAACUUUUCCAGGGACCGAGCAAAGACAAGGCGCGGGAGUCCUUCCAAACGCCCGGGGCGAGGGAGGAGAGUCCUGCCGGCGGCAGGGAGGCCGCACCCGCAGAGCCUUUCCUGGUGGCUGCAACUGCGGCCCCUACGGCCCCAGUCGGUGCAGCGGGCCCAGAGCCCGGGGACCCCGCCCUGCCUUCAGCAGCGACCCCGGGGGGCCAGGCUUCGUGCGCCGGUAAGGAGCUGCUGGUGGCCAGACAUCGGGGGCUUCAGCGCUCGCAGUCAGACCUCAGCUCCCGCUACUCCCUGGCCAAGGCCGAGUUUGACACCUUCUUCCUGUACUGCGGCCUGGAUCCCGAGGUGGUAGAGGCUCUUGGGAAGGACAACUUCUCCGCAGGGUCCGACUGUGUUGCCCUCAAGGUGCGUAGCGUAAGUGUGGCCACUUCCGACAGUGGCUUCUCUCGGCACAGCGACGAGGUCAACGAUGGGCUGCAGGAAGAGGAGCUCGUAGAGCAGGUGCCCAGCACUACCUCCGUGGUGGAGAGGAAUGCCCGCAUCAUUAAGUGGCUGUACACCUGCAAGAAGGCCAAGGAGCCCCCCAGCCAGGGGCCUGCUUGAAGGCCUGCGUCCAAGGACACCAGGACCUCAGGAAACAGAUCUUCCUGGUGACAAAAGGACCCCUUGAUGUUCUGGAUGAUUUGAAACCCCAGGCCAUUUGUGCAGUGUGCCUCAAGGACACAUGACUACUGCUUUUCUGGGAAUGGAAUAUCCUGCUGACAAAGCUUGCUGAUUGCAGAAGGGUUGGCGUGCUGAGGAGGAGGUAGAAAGGUGAUGGGAGAUUUGUCCAGGGUAUCGUUUUUUACUGACUUGGUGACAAAGAGAUACUACAUGCAUUUUUACAAUAUUUAAUUUCUUUUUAAACAAAAAGGAGAAAAGCAUGAAAUUCAAGCAUGAGUGGCAUGUUACUUAUUUCUUUUGACUGGUUGGUCCAGGUAAAGUUCUGUAACCACCAAGAAGCUUUCUGGUUCAAUGCUGUGGCUAACAGCAGACACACUUGGUCUUCAAAGCUUCCCUCUGAACUACAAAGCACCACUCACUACCAACUGACUGAUCGUCUUCUUCCAUGAGUGAGGAAGCACAUUUAGAAUCCCUCCAGGACAAUAGGGUCAAUACCACUCCCUACUGCUAGGUAGUAGCCAUGUGGAAAGAUGCAGAAGAAGAUAUACAGAGGCAAAGGUCUUGCUUAGUUGUCCCUGGACAGUUUCCUGAGAGUUGGUGAAGAUUCUUUUGGUCCUCUUGUCGGGUCUGAAGUGGCAUUCCCAAGAAGAAUGCAGGAAGUGCCCCCAUUCUCAUCUGCAGGGGAGAGACAUCUGGCCCACACGCACAUGACCCCAUGGAAUAGGAGCUCUUCAUGGCCCAGGGCCUGGUCUAAUGCACACUCCACACACCAUGGACUCACCUGGAUUUGGCAUUGUUCCCUCUGCAGAAAGCAUGUUUUGCAGGCAGGGAUGGGAUCUGAUAUUGGGGAGACUCUGGGAUCUGCAUGUACAUGGGAGCUGCUGGGGCCCUGACUUAACGUGCUCAGGGAAAAGGGGUCACAGAUUCAGAACCUUUCAAGGGAAUCUUCUGUCCAUGAGAACCAGAAGAAAAUUUGUCAACUCUUUGAAAGCUUAUCACAUUUUAUCAAAAUAUAUCUCUUCAAAAACAAAACUAUUCAAGAAAAGAUUGUGACUGACAGCCGAGGUCACACUCGCCUUUCAUAAAAUGGAUGAAAAAUAUGAAACCAAUUGGUUUCCACUUGAAGCCCCCAACAUCUUCCAGAAUCAUCUUUGCUUUCAGUGGUGGCAUGGGAAAGAGAGGAGUUCACUUGAAGUGAAUCCUGGAAGCAGAUACCAGAGGGGAAGCCUGGGGAGUGGAUAGCAGGUGGUGUUAGUGCAGAGGAAGCAACCUGGCUGCCUUACCCCUCCAGAUGCAUUCCUCAGCUGCAUGUGCGGGUGUGUGGCUGCAGGGAGACACUCUGUCCUAGCCCUGAAUUGCCCCAAUUGCUGAGCACCUGAGAGUCCAGCUACUGCUCCAUCUACUUACAUUUCACAAGGCUGAGCCACAGGGACUGCCGCAAGAGGCUUUCAUUUGUCCAUGAAAGAAUGUGCAUGCAUAUAAUGGGAUAAAAAGUCAGAAGGGAGACAGUGACGGUAGAGCAAGGAAGGUAACUCAACCUCUUCCUCUGUGGUUGCAGACUAGCACUGCCCCAGGUGUGCACGCACUGUUCAGCUCCCUCAUUCUACAUGCAAGCAGUCACAGCAGGCCAUUGGACUCUGCCACGCCCGUGGUUCAUGGUUCAUACUUGCUGCCCAUGGUGCCCUAAAACAUCAUGCCACAGAGUUGCUGGAGAUAUUUCUAGUAGGUCUUUUCUGCACACACUUGCAACCAGAGUGCAAUAUUUUAUACUCUGUAUUAAAGAAAUAAAGUAUGUUUUGCAUCUCCA